AUGGCUGCUGCCAGUAAGGGUCAGUUUGUUGUGAGCAAGGUUGAUCAGCUCGUCAACUGGGCACGACGCUCAAGUAUCUGGCCUAUGACGUUCGGGCUUGCAUGCUGCGCUGUAGAGAUGAUGCACACUGGCGCUGCGCGCUACGACUUUGACCGCUUUGGCAUCAUCUUCCGCCCCAGCCCCCGCCAGUCUGACUGCAUGAUUGUGGCGGGCACGCUGACCAACAAGAUGGCGCCCGCGCUGCGCAAGGUGUACGACCAGAUGCCCGAGCCGCGCUGGGUGGUGUCCAUGGGCAGCUGCGCAAACGGCGGCGGCUACUACCACUACUCGUACGCUGUGGUGCGCGGCUGCGACCGCAUCGUGCCCGUGGACAUCUACGUCCCCGGCUGCCCUCCCACCGCGGAGGCGCUGCUGUACGGCAUGCUGCAGCUGCAGAAGAAGAUUGGGCGCACCAAGAAGACGCAGGUGUGGUUCAACAAGUAG